GCUCCGAAUGAUUACGUCCGUCGCGGGAGGCGGCCAUGGAAUCUCGAUGCCGCCUCCUUUUUUUGUUUUGUUUUAAUAGUGGAAGGGUCUCUCUCCUUUUUUUGUUUUUUUGGGACUUAUGAUCUCUCUCCUUUCACUUGCAAUACUUUAAUACCUCUACCUUUAGUACAGCGAUAGCGCACUCUCAGUCUUUUUCGGAACAGCGAAAGACAAUAAUUUCCACAUUUUUCAUGAUCUCGGCGAAGAUCCAAUCAUUUCAGUCAUUUGAUCCGUUUUUUUUUACGAUUUUCUCUGAUCUUCCUGCCUUGUCUCGAUGUCCGCUUGCUGUCGAUCGUCUCCAGAUCUCACUCUGCUGUAUGAGGAUCGGCUACGGCGACAUCGCCGCCGGACGGUCGCGGUUCAUGCGCCGGCAGCGCAUCGAUCGCGACUUCCGGCGGCGGAUGCGGUGGGUGGAUUGCUGGUCCUGGAAGCUGUAUGGCUGCGCUGUUCUGAGCAUAAAUGGGGGAGGAGACGGGGCCAUGUACGGGAUCGAGCGUUUACAGAAGUACGAUUAAAUGCUGUUGGGGAGAGGAUUGGGGAUUUUGAUGGGCAGGGGCUUCCUAUGGUGGCGGAGGCGGAGGAGGAGGAGGAGCGGAGGAGGCGUGCCGGAGUGGUCGCGGCUGCUGUAAUGACGGCGGUGCUUGGGACUGGGAAUCGGGUGUUCUAUAAGCUCGCACUCGUCCCCCUAAAGCGGUAUCCCUUCUUUCUAGCGCAGCUCGCCACGUUCGGGUAUGUGGUGGUAUACUUCUCUAUCCUUUACGGCCGCUAUCAUGCUGGUAUUGUUACGGAUGAGAUGCUUUCUCUACCAAAGAUUCCAUUCAUGGUUGUAGGUUUGUUAGAGGCUCUCGGAGCAGCAUCAGGCAUGGCGGCUGGUGCUGUUCUAUCAGGGGCAUGGAUUCCGAUAUUAUCACAGACCUUCCUAGUCUGGCAACUUCUCUUGUCAUUCUUAUUUCUAGGAAGAAGAUAUAGUGCCAAUCAAGUACUUGGAUGCGUUCUUGUUUCUCUGGGUGUAAUAAUAACUGUAGCUAGUGGCUCUGGUUCUGGUAUUUCAUUGCAAAAUGUUGGAAUCUUUUGGAUUCUUCUAAUGAUUUCUUCAUUUUUUCUCCAAGCUGCUGACACAGUUUUGAAGGAAAAAAUAUUUUUGGAUUCGACUAAAUGGUUGAAGGGAGGAUCAGUUGACCUUUUUGUUGUGAACUCUUUCGGAUCUGCUUUUCAAGCCAUGUUCAUAUGUCUUCUACUUCCUUUUCUGUCAAAGUUGUGGGGAAUUCCAUUUUCUAUGCUACCGACAUAUAUUAAAGAUGGGGGAGCCUGCUUUCUCAAUAUAGGAAAACUGGCAAGUGGAUGUGAAGGAGCGCCAAUGUUGCCACUUUUAUUUGUGGUGGUUAACAUGGCCUUUAACAUAUCAAUGCUACAUGUCGUUAAGGUCUCUUCAGCUGUGGCGUCUUGCCUUGCCUCGACUUUCUCAGUGCCUCUCUCCAUCUACGCCUUCACACUUCCUCUCCCCUUCAUAGGGGCUCCGUCACCGUUGCCGGCAGGAUUCAUGUUGGGCGCAGCUGUUCUUGUCGCCGGACUUCUCAUCUACACAUGGACUCCAUCGCCGGCAAGGCCAACAACCAAGCUCUCACCGGAAACCAGGCUACGCUAAGGCCAUGGAAAACAGUGUAUCGAACUCUCUAUCAUUCUCAUUCUUUGUUCCCCUUAUUGCAUGCUCAUCCAUCCAAAACCUCAUUAGCCGUGAAUUGGGCAGAACCAAAGUUCUCCCAAAUGCAUUCCUCAUUCAAUAAAAGGGAGGAAAGCUAGGCUUAUAAUAACUGAGAGACGAAUUGAAAUUGACAUCUUCGUUAACAUCAAAGUUCAAUCAAUCAUUUUCAUAA